CCCGUCCGAGUCAGGCACAAUGACUCGGCGGUGCUCGCACUGCAGCAACAACGGGCACAACUCGCGCACGUGCCCGACACGUGUCGGGUCCUCCUCGUCCUCCGUCGGUGGCGGCGGCGGCGGAGGCCUGAAGCUGUUCGGUGUGAGGCUCACCGAUGGCUCGAUCAUCAAGAAGAGCGCUAGUAUGGGGAAUUUAUCCAGUGCGGCGCACUACCACUCCUCAUCGCCCAACCCGGACUCCCCAAGCUCGGACCCGCUCCAUGACCCGGUUCACGUCCCCGAAGGUUACUUAUCCGACGACCCGGCCCAUGCCUCCUCCUCCGCCAAUCGCCGCGGAGAUCGUAAAAAAGGGACCCCAUGGACAGAGGAGGAGCAUCGAAUGUUCUUAAUUGGUCUCCAGAAAUUGGGGAAGGGAGACUGGCGUGGAAUAGCACGAAAUUAUGUAACAACUAGGACUCCUACCCAGGUGGCAAGCCAUGCCCAGAAGUAUUUUAUUCGACAGAGUAAUGCUACCCGAAGAAAGAGGCGCUCCAGCCUAUUCGACAUGGUUCCUGAUAUGGCCAUGGAUCCACCUCCUGUGCCAGAAGAACAAGUUUUUCUGCCUUCUUGUCAGGAAGCAGAAUCUGAAGCUGCAAGUUCACUACCUUCAUUAAAUCUUUCCCUCAGCUCAGAAUGCAAACCAAUGGAAACCACACAUGAAGAAAAAGUAAACGAACCUGAUCAUGAGCCUGUAAUGGGAUCAAACGGUUUCCCGCCAAUGAUUCCUGGUUUCUUCCCAGCUUAUUUGCCAUACCCUUUUCCAAUAUGGCCACCAAGUGCAGGGCCCAUGAGAGAAUUAAAGGGUGGGGAGGCCUCUCAUCAGCAGGUUUUAAGGCCGAUUCCAAUCCUUCGCAAGGAGCCUGUCAAUGUUGAUGCACUGGUGGGCAUGUCUCAGCUCAGUCUAGGAGACACACAGAGAGGCCACAAGGAGCCUUCACCUCUCUCCUUAAAACUACUAGGAGAGCCCUCGAGGCAGUCGGCAUUUCACCCAAAUGCUCCAGCCGCUGAGCCGGACUUGAGCAAGGGCAAGAGCAGUGCGAUCCAAGCAGUCUGAAUUGGGGAAAUGGAGCAUUGUCUCCCUCUCCUUUAUGGGCCGUUUUGUACAAUUAUAAUGUUCUAUUAGGCGUCCUAUUCUAUUUCUUCAAUGGUUCGAAGUUCUUAUAAAUAACAUAGGUUAGAUAAGUUUCGUUGGAAAAAGGUAUUCUUUCUAAUUGUAAACAGCUAGAAAUUUAACAUUAUUGAAUGAAUUUGGUAACAUAGUGCUGCUGGCUUUUGUUGAACCCUGAAUUUCUUGUCCAUAUAUUCUUACCAUACAA